GAGUGCAUAUUCAUUUAAGUGGGGGUAUCUCGGAAAUAACAUUUUCGAAAUACGUGCGUGCUACGUCGUCAUUUCCUCCAAGUGUUGAUUAGCACUUGAGUUCUUUGCAGUGAUUUAAAUGGACUAAAUGCUAAGCCAUAUAUGACUUUCGGCUUUACAUGUACCACAAUUUUAACUGGGCAUUGGAAGGUUUCUAUAGAACUGGUGAAUACCUGGGAUCCAGUAACAUACGGGAUAUUGAUAUGUCCGUGUGGAUUCAGGAAGGCAAAGUGCGGAAGGUCGAAAAAUAGUGUCAGUGAAAUCAGUGUGUUAUGGCUCUUGUAAAAUCAGUUAUUUAUAUGCUGAGCUUCGGAGCGUUAGGUUAUACUUUAAUGAAGGUGACAUCGUCAAAUAAUACAGAACUUGAAAAGGUGAGAGAAAUUGAGACGAUCUGAUCCUGCUUACCAGUCAGAUGUGCUGCGAAAGAAGCAAGAAAUGCUUAACGUUUUGCGUGGUGCAGCUCAAGAUUCUACACCUAUUUACCGAAAGACCAAAGAAGAAGUUGAAACAAAAAAGAAGGAAUAUGUUUCUGGUGACAAAUAACGAAUAUUGAGGUAGUUAUUGUAGCAGGUUUCAGCUUCGUAGUGGACAGUGUUGCUUUUGUGAGUGAAGUAUUUCCUGGUUGUAUUGUUGACUAUUAGGUAUAUUUAAAUGGAAAUGGAUAAAAUUGCAGUAGAGGACAACCGUGAUCUUGUAAAGGAAAAACUAAUGCGUAGAGAAGCAGAAAGGCAGCAACUGCUUGAACAAAAAAGGGAAGAAAAGGAACAAAGAUCAACUGGUGAAGAGCUCAGUUACUUUUUUGAUACAUUUGCAGAAAAACAAAAGGAGAUUGAGAACGCUUUAACCACAGCAGCAGAAGGACUUAUAGAAAAAACCCAAUUGCCAAAUCAUUUUGAUAGGAUUGGAAAGAAUGUGCAGACCCUGCAGCAUUUUUUAUCUUCAUCAACAAUGUUUCUUCGUGUUUAUGAUAUCCGGAAAGCUCAAGAAGCAAUUCUGACUUUGCAGCAAAGGUGUCAGCAACUAGAGCAGCAGUUACUACCAAAGAAAAAAUUUGGUUUUAAAAUUCGAAAGGUGCCUAAUAAGAAAGAUGUAAUAUUCAAUGAAAAAAUAGAAGACACUGUAGAUUCCCAUUCUUCACCUGUCCACAAGCUGCUUCAGAACAGUAAGGAGAACAAUUGUGGUUUCUCUGGCAGAACUGCUGAAAUUCUUUCUCUUCCUCACGAAAAAAUAUAUAAAAAGGAUGUUGUUCUUUCUAACCUUAAUAGCUGUACUGUGAGACUACCUGGAGCUCCUAAUACAUUAUAUAUUGCUGGCUUGAGCAACUGCAAAAUAAUAACCGGUCCUGUAACAACAUCAGUUUUUAUUGAAAAUUGUUCAGACUGCACAUUUGUUUUGGCAUGUCAACAGUUAAGAGUUCACAGCACAACACACAGUGACUUUUAUCUCCACGUUACAAGUCGAACUAUUAUUGAAGAUACUACGCAUGUCAGGUUUGCUCCCUAUAAUUUAAAAUAUGAAAAUAUGGUGCAUCAUUUCCAGUUAGCAGGUUUAGAUGUAAAUAGAAACAACUGGGAUAUGGUUGAUGAUUUCAAUUGGCUGGCAAGUGAUAAAGCAUCACCAAACUGGUGUAUUAUGAAAGAAAAUGAAUGGAAUAUUGAUUGGAUGUAAUUUUUUAAAAAGUUACUUGUGAAACCUAUAAUUUUGAGAUGGGAUGUUCAUUUAAUAAAAAGCUAUGUAAUUAUUUUCAUUAAAAUGAAUUUGCUCAAUAAGUGAUUAUUUCUGUGGAAAGGUGUAACACUAAAUGUAGACCCAGUGCACAGCACUGUAUCAAAAAAUUAUUUUUGGGUAACAGUGUAAUAACAUUUAAUUUGUUUUUCUGUGCUUACGUUUUUUGUGUUUCAUGUUUGUUAUAACCAUUUGCACAUUUUGAAGAAUUUAAAUUGAGCUUCUAUAACCUAUUGGUAAUAUUUUCAAAACUUUCUUAGUUUUGGAUUGUAUGUACCAAAAAAUGACAUACAUUAGUGCAUAAAGAGGCAAUUCUUUGGAAAAUUGCUAUAGCAUGAAACUA